AUGAAAGUAAGAAAAGUAAGAAAAGGUAAGCCAAAGAACUUUGUUUCCAUACGGUGCCCAUCCUCUUCCACUGCAACCCCUUCCCCCGAAACAUCAAAUCAUCAACAACAACCUACUUCCUCAAGACGAAGACUGAUCGUGAAUGUCAAGGAUGAACACGGACUGGCGGAUAAACCCCUCAUCCCCGGUAGACUGCUGAAGGCGAAGCCGGGCGUCAUUGAGCUUGAUGCUGACGGUGCGGUCCUGGGUGGCGGUGAAGCUCUGGCUGUAGGUGAACCGGUCCACCUCGUUGAAGCCAACAGCGGUAGGUCCGACAAACUCGAGCGCGGGAGGGUCGGUCUCGCCAGUGGGACGUCCCACGGUGGUGGGGGAGAUCACGUAGUUGCGCUGCACAAAGGCGGAAACACCCGCCUCUGGCAACGAGACAUCGCCGAUGAGCGUGGCGACAGCGUUGACGGUGCUACGGCCGACGGGGUGCGUUACGCGGAAGUCGAGAGAGCAGAAGGUCUCGCGGGGGAUGGGGAGCUGGGCGAAGAAGCGGUCAAGUGUGACCUCCACGGACCUGUUGUCGGCGCUGAAGACGGGGCGGAUGGUGGCCGAGUUGCACCCAUCGCCAGUGGCAAUGAUUUGGCGUGUGAACACGACACCUUGAGCCAGUGCGGUGGCGGGGAGGAGAAGAGUGGUGAUACCGAGGAACUUCAUCUUGAGGACUUGAGGCCGAGGGUUGUGCUCCUACUUAUGCUCGAGACCCGCGGGGUUCCAAACAGAAAGAUCACCACAAUAUCAGCGGCAUUCGAAGCCUGCCCGCUUUACUCGUACGCUUCACAUGAUCUGUAA